UUGAAAAACGGUACACCGGAAAUAAUCUACGACAAAAUUAUAGGGUUUUCUUUCGCAUCGUCGCCGCAUAUAUCCAAAUUCUACGCGAUCAGAACCUGGCCAAAAUCGAGCAGGUAGGGGGGCCUUCUUGUUAGCAAUUUCUUUUAGGGACUGAAGCAGUUGCUUUGUAGGCUUCUACCCAGGGCUGGCCCUUCUCCUCCGAGUCAUGGUCUUUUCGCCUCUCUGCAGCAGUGGUGAUUCAGAGAUCGAGCUACAUGAAUAUGACCCCUUUCUCUUGUCCCGAAAGAGGGAAAAAGUUCUGGAUUCUUCAAGCCAAGAUACCAUUUAUCAGGUCUGUGCUGGAAACCAUAGUGAUGCUUCCUGCUCCAUGGAGCUGAGACUUGGGUGUUUUAGCAAUACCCUCGUGUCUUCAUCUUGCUGUGAUUGUUGUGAGGAAAUUGGUGCACAUUCUGCUACAGAGAUUAGUUGCCAGUCUAAUGGUAACAGUGACACUAUUCCGCAGCCUUGCAAUUUCGGGGGCUCUUCAUACCAGGGAAAGGAUAACACUGGAUAUGCUUCCACAUCUUUUGUUAGUGGAUGGAUGUAUGUAAAUGAAAAUGGGCAAAUGUGUGGCCCGUAUAUUCAGGAGCAGCUAUACGAGGGUUUAUCCACUGGUUUCUUGCCUGAUGAGCUUCCUGUGUAUCCCAUUCUAAAUGGGGCUUUGUUGAAUCCCGUGCCAUUGAAUUACUUUAAGCAGUUUCCUAGCCACGUUGCCACCGGCUUUACAUCUUUAACUCUCCCCUCAAAUUGCAUGACUGAUUCCACUGGAGAAUUACCCCCAAGUAAACUGCAUAAUGGUGUGGCAUCUAGUGCUUACUCUGAUGCUCACUCAGCCAUCCAACCUUUUUACAACCACAAUGGUGGUAGCUCCUGCCAACAGAUACUGAAAUUUGAAGCAGCUGCUUCAACUGCAUCAUAUCCACCACUGUCAGGUGAUGAAUCAUCUUGGUUCUUUGAGGAUGACGAGGGGAGGAAACAUGGACCACACUCUCUCAUGGAGCUUUAUUCCUGGCAUCAUUAUGGGUAUCUACGAGAUUCAUCACUGAUAUAUCAUGCUGAUAAUAAGACUGGACUGUUCAAUUUGCAAUCUCUGAUAAAGACUUGGUUAGCAACAAGACCCGGAAGUUUCUAUAUAUCUGAGGUGAAGGGCAGCGAAACUAGUUCUUUACAAUCUUUCAUAUCUGAAACUUCUGAAGAAGUAUGCUUCCAACUGCACUCUGGGAUAUUGAAAGCAGCUCGUAAGGUUGUGCUAGAUGAGAUUAUCCGCCACAUAAUUGCAGAAUGUGUUGCUAUGAAGAAAGCCCAAAGGCAUACGAGGCUUGAAGUGGUCAAUGAGAGUGCCAGAAUUUGCUCUUUGGAUAGCAGAACGCCUGAAUAUUGUGAGACAAAAAAGGACCCAGUUGCUUCAGAGAUUGAGGUGUCAGAAUCUAGUUAUGUUUCUAACUGGAAAUGCCCCACUGAUGGAAGUAUGGCAGAGUCUCCAGCAAGCAUGAAAUCUAUUGGAAGCUAUCAGAACUAUUGUAGUGCAUAUGUAUGUGUCUGCAAAUUUGUGUUUGAUUCUUGCAUGCAAGUUUUUUGGAAUGCGGUUUCUUAUGAUCCUAUCGUGGAGUAUUCCACUUCCUGGAGAAAGAGAAUUCGAUGGUCUCGUCUUACUGCUGCUGUUGGAAAUGUGCACUUAAAAUCUUUGCGAUCAGAAGAGGAAUCUUCUGCCAUGGAGCUUGAUUGCCCACCUGGUUUUGAAUCAGCUAGAAUGGCCCCAGAAAUUUAUCCACGUUCACCUGCAAUUUCUGCAUCAUUUUUUGGUGAAGAAAAGUCAUUUGAACCAAACCCACUGAAUUAUGAUCAAAUUCAUGAUGACAUGGAUUCCAUCUUGGAAAGUGUGGAGGAUGAUCUCCACUCAUCUGCAAAGCUGUCUUUGUUUGAAUAUUUUGUAACUUUUGUCGAGGAAGAAGCAGAGAAAGUAGUUGAUUCUUUAGUUUGUGGCAAAUUGAAGGAGGUGACCGUUGGCCCUUCUGUUCAAUUCAGUCAAGCAUGUGGCUUUGAUUCACAGAUGAUUUCAUCUGACAAUUCCCAGUCUCCGUUACAAACUGCAGAACCUUUUGACAAGGAUCCUGUUUCUCUGCAUAAAAGUUCUCUGUCUAACUUUUUGUCGAGUGCAUUUGCAACAUUGAAUGCGCAUGAAGAAAAUAUCGUCAAUGAUGAAGAAAGUGAUGAGCCAUGCCCACCUGGAUUUGAGGAAAAAUUUGGAGGUGUUGUUCCAUCAAGGAUAGAAAAAAUCCGACCAUCAAGUUCAAAUGAAUAUAUUACUAAGAUUGGAAGUUAUGUUGUGAUCACAAUGUUUCGGCUGAAGUUACAUGAUGUUGUGCUGAGAGAGUGGAAAUCAUUGUUUGCUGACCACCUUCAUGAAUUUCUAAUAUCAUCGUCAUCUGUGAAGAAAUACAUGAAAUUCCAUGCUAGUGAGGAAAGAGGGAUUCUGAAAAGUAAACAGAACGCUGACAGUUCUCCCGAUAUACUGGACAAGCUUAGGUAUAUAUCAACGAAAGAUAACAUCUCAGGCCCUUCAGAGGUACCAUCAGUAUCUGGAAAAUAUAUGUAUUACCGGAAAAGAAAAUUGGUGCGUAGAAAGUUGGGAUCUUUGUCUCUAUGUGCAACUUCGGGGAAUGUUGGGUUGCAAAAUAAAUCUUUUGAGAAGUCAAAGAAGAAAGAUGUUUCUACAAGUGUGUCAAACAUUGCAGAAAGUAAAGCUGCAGUUGGGGAUCUUAAAAAGAUUCUGCCAAAUAAUUGCAAUAUUGAAUCCAUUAUUGAUGCUAAACCGUACAAUGAAUACUUGUCAAGUGCAAAGGUAGCUCCUGUGGUUCAAGAUUGUGGUAUCAAAGGAGAUGACCCUGAAUGCAGUAAAGGCGGUAUUACAUACUGUGAAUAUAGUUCUCUUGAUGUUGAGAAAGUUGCCAAUAGCAGCCAGAGGGAUGUUCAGAUGCAGAUAGUGGUUGCUGGUGGUAGCUCCAAAAAGAUACCAAAAGCAACUAAUGUCAUGAAUCGGAAGAGGAAGCAUUCAAUGGAUGUUGUGCCAUCGUCAUGCUCCAGAAAAGUUAUAAAACUGACAAAGAGUGCUGCCAAGCUGCCAGAUUGCAAGGAAGUUACUGCACGGAAGAUGAAGACCAAUAAAUCAAGAAAAUCUCAUCUAUGUCCCAGGUCUGAUGGAUGUGCUCGAUCUUCAAUUAUUGGUUGGGACUGGCAUAGAUGGUCAGCAAAUGCUAGUCCUGCUGAAAGAGCUCGCGUUAGGGGAACCCAUUGUAUUCAUCCUCAAUAUGUUGGUUCUGAGGUUAGUGGAUCGCAGGUGUGGAAUAUGAAAUGCCUUUCUGCCCGAACGAACAGGGUUAAGAUGCGCAACCUUGUUGCUGCUGUGGAGGGUGCUGAUCUUUUAAAAGCUACUCAGUUGAAGGCUAGGAAAAAACGCUUGCGCUUCCAGCGAAGCAAGAUACAUGAUUGGGGUCUUGUUGCUCUGGAGCCAAUUGAGGCAGAAGAUUUUGUCAUCGAAUAUGUUGGUGAACUAAUUCGUCCUCGUAUAUCUGAUAUACGUGAACGUUAUUAUGAGAAAAUUGGAAUUGGCAGCAGUUAUCUUUUUAGGCUGGAUGAUGGUUAUGUGGUUGAUGCUACAAAACGUGGUGGAAUUGCUAGAUUCAUAAACCAUUCGUGUGAGCCUAAUUGCUAUACCAAGGUGAUCAGUGUUGAGAGUCAGAAAAAGAUUUUCAUUUAUGCAAAACGGCAUAUUGCUGCUGGUGAAGAAAUUACUUAUAAUUACAAGUUUCCUUUGGAGGAGAAAAAGAUCCCGUGCAACUGUGGGUCUAGGAGGGAUCAUGGAGGGCAUUAGAGUUUAGUGGAUGACCCCGUUUAAGGCCUUAGGAAGAGAGCGGUGGCAACGACCAAGUGAGAUGAAUUUUCAGUGUUGACCAAAUGCUGGUUGUGAAAGUGAAGCUGACAGGAAGGAGAUGAGAUCACAAGAAAGGGAAUAACGAAAACCAUAAUACCGUGUGUUACAUACAACUGGUGUAUUGGAUUUGUAGGUACAAAUGAGGAACCAUGUAUUUUGUAACAAUUGGCCGGGAUAUGGAUGGAAUACAGUGCGGAAGGGACGAAUAUUGUCCCUGGACUGAAUCGGGGAAUAAAGCUUUGCUACCAAAACCGCACUUACAAAAAAAAGGGGAAACCAUCGUCUUAGAGCUAGGCCAGGGCAGAAGCAACGUACAACCGUAUGUAGGUGUUUCAUAAGAAGGCCGUGCCGAGGGUCAUUGAACUAAGUUGUUUUCAUUAAUUCAUCUAUCCUGGUCAACUCUUUGAGGGUCUUGCUAUGGAGUGGGCAAAUACUAAUUUCACUGCAUAUGGUAAUACUGGGGAAGCUGGGGUUUUGUGUGUCUGGAACUGUGCGCGCUCAGCAGCAUGCUUUACCUUCAGCUCUCCCGACUGUUAGUAACUAGAGGAAUGGGCUGCAGCAGAUUUCUUUGGAUGGGUUUUUGAUAAUUUGUUAAAAGAUGCAAUCCCCAACAAGGCAGAGGUUUCGUGAUUAUGUUGCUGUUCCUCGUGGGACUUUUGCCUGUUGGAGAAGGACAAAUUACUGAUUCAUGCAUAUUCUUGUAGAUAGCUCUCAGCUGCAGAUGAGUUUCUCCUCUUAAAAACUGUAAAUCGGCUUAUUAUUUCUUUACUUUCAUGGAACUUUGGGAAUAAUCCCUUGUACUAACUUGCCUCAUUAUAUCACCAUUUUAAUAGAUUAUUAGUCGGAUACAUCAAGUGAACCCUAGUUGAUACCCCACAACAAUUACUUUUUAGUUUCUAACUUUGGUCUGUUAAAUGUGGAUGUAUGUCUUACUUUAUUGUUUAAAUCCUGUGAGAUUCAGGAAGUUUAAUGUUCUACUCACUUGUCAUCAGCAUCAUCCAUUUAGGCAUAACUCUCUUUUUUAUGGGCAUUUAGUCAUAACUUGAGAGUCUGUGCCCUCCACCAUUUGGCAACUACUCGAGGGAAUACAUUAAGUUCUUCUAUAAAAUGGUUUGAUUUGCAUGGAGCUUCCACGGUUGUUGUGAAGAGUGAUUGCUUGAUAGAGAUUUGGACACAUUACGUAAAUAUUGAGGCCAUGGAUCAUAAAUGAGCACUAUGGAAUACAUAAAGCGCAGGCUCAGUGGUGUUUCUAUGUUUGAGUUCUCUGAAUAUAUGCCCAUUUAUUCAGAGUCAUCCAUUUCUUGGACGGAAGGGGGGGGAGGGGGGGUCAUGACUGUGGGACCUAUAUAUACUAAUGCUGUAAUUCUUCCGCUUUUGAUAUCAACUGGCUAAUCCAGGUAGUCACUCCACUGAGGGUUAUGUCUAUACAAGAAAAAAGAUACUCAUGUAACGGA